AUGCCAAAGCACAUUAUUAUUAUGACACCGGAUGAGGAAGGAGGAGAAUUACCGUGCAAAAUUGAUGUGGAGUAUGAAUGGCUACCCCCGAGGUGCACUAGCUGUAUGACAUUGGGACACUCAGCCAAGGAGUGCACUGUCAACCAACCCAAAUCUAUCAAGCCACCGGUUAAUGUGUAUGUACCCAAAGUGGGAGCACUGCGAGGCCCAAUGGUGACUGAAAGAACAAGAGACCACCCAACAUCUCACACUGUGGAGAAGCAGACAGAAGACCGUGGUACCCGUCCAACUGCAGCGGGACCUAGUCGGGAAGAGAGAGAAACACGUGUUCGCAUUAAUAACUGUGCUAGUAUUCAAUCAUUUUUGAUACCUCAUUGGAAAUGGUUUAUGGAUUAUGACAGUAUUGAAAAUCGGAUAUGGAUUGCUUGGGAUUAUAACUAUACUGAUGUGGAUAUUAUUGAGGUGGGAAACCAGUUUAUACACUGUCGUGCCACUAUUAGAGCAUUACAAGAGUAUGUUGAUAUUACUAUUGUGUAUGGUGCUACUGAGGUCUCUGAUAGGCGAGAAUUAUGGGCCUCUCUAGAAUCUUUAGAUGUCCAAUGCAUUAAUACUCCCUGGCUGGUUGGAGGUGACUUCAAUGCAGUCAGGGAUCUCAGUGAGGGUAAAUGGUACACAUGGCAUAAUCGUAGUGCUAGCCCUCGCAACUUGUGGAAGCGACUUGAUCGUAUGCUAACCAAUGAUACAUGGACUUUGCAGUUUCCAUCAGUAUUCUACCAAUGCCUCACCCCACGGACAUCGGAUCACUCGCUGAUGGUAGUUAAUGGGGAUAAUCAGCAGCGAUUUGGAGGUAUGUUCCGGUUUGACAACUUCCUUACUCUCUCACUAGAUUUUAUUCCUAGCGUGCAGAGUAUAUGGCAGCAACAAAUAGUGGGAGUGCCUAUGUUCUUAGUCACCCGCAAACUCAAGGCACUCAAACCUAUUUUUCGAGAACAGAGGAGAAAUAAAGGGGAUCUUUCUCACAAUGUUGAGUUGGCAAGGGGAUUCCUGGAGCAGGCCCAAGUGUUGGUAAGCUUGCACAGACAGGAUGAGCAUAUUCUUCAGUUGGAGCACUGUAGCCGGCUUGUGUAUACAAAGGCGGCCGAAUUGGAGAGGAUCAUGCUGCAGCAGAGGGCAAAGAUGGAAUGGAUGAAGGGUGGUGACCUGUGCUCCAGAAGCAUAUCAAAAAAGCUGUUUUUGACCGGCGAGGAUAGAGCACCUGGACCUAAUGGGUAUUCAUUAGGAUUCCAUAAAAACGCCUGGCCGGUGGUGGGACAGGAGAUAACGAAGGCAGUACUGGAGUUCUUCUCUACGGGGAAGCUUCUUAAGCAGAUUAAUAGCACAAUAUUGACGGUUAUCCCCAAGGUACACUCUUCCACAUCUGUUGCAGAUUUUCGCCCUAUCUCUUGCUGUAACGUACUUUAUAAAAUCAUUGCUAAACUUAUUGUCCAAAAAUUGAGUGUGAUAUUGGACAAGAUUAUUAGCCCCUGCCAGGCAGCGUUUGUCCCUGGCCGGAGCAUAGGGGACAAUGUUAUGUUAGCAGAGGAACUCUUCACUGGUUACAAUCAGGCCCGACUCCCACUGAGAUGUGCUUUGAAAGUUGAUAUUCGGAAGGCGUAUGACACUGUUGAGUGGGAUUUCUUGCUAUCGGUGCUUCAGCUAUUCGGUUUCCUAGAGAUUUUCAGACGAUUAUCUAUUGCCGAUUGUCAACCAUUACUGAGUAAGAUCGAUACACGUAUCAAUGGUUGGGAGGGAUUGGCACUGUCAUAUGCCGGCAGGGUACAAAUCAUCAAGUCUGUUCUUGUGGCUAUGGGUGUCUAUUGGGCUUCGGCAUUUAUUUUGCCAAAAGGGGUCAUUAAAGACAUUGAGAAACGAUUGCGAGCUUUCUUAUGGAGAGGUACGGGAAAUAGUGGAUACCCUAAAGUUGCAUGGAAGGAGAUUUGCAAACCAAAGGAGGAGGGAGGCCUUGGCCUUAAGGAUAUGGGAACUCUUAAUCGAGCAUUGAUGUGCAAAAAGCUCUGUGAAGUCAUCCGAUGUGAUAGGACUUCUAUCUGGGUCGAGUGGCUGCGGCAUGGCAGACUACGAGAUGAUUCGAUAUGGACUAUCCUGGAGAAUCGUGGACCAUGGGGAUGGAGAAAAAUGUUGAGGUUGAGAGGCUGGUUACGCUCAGUGGUGGAAUAUCGUAUUGGGGAUGGAAGUGAUUUUUUCUUAUGGAAUGAUCCCUGGCAUCACCUUGGGCCCCUCCUUGACAGAUUUUCGCGGGGACCCAACAGUUUGGGAUUGAAUGAGUCUACCAUGUUGAGCUCGGUUAUCUAUGAGGGCCAUUGGCACUGGCCAUUGAUUACCGACAUGGAAUGCGUGGAGAUUACACACGUGCUUCCUCGAAUCCAUGGGGGUACAGAUCGUAUUAUAUGGAAGGGUUCGAGUGGGAAACCCACUACCCAGGAAUUCUAUCGGGCUAUGAUACCAGCAAGACCGAAAGUAGGUUGGAUUUCACUACUUUCGGGUUCUUUGAAGAUCCCGCGACAUUUGUUUAUCCUUUGGCUAGCUAUCCUGGAGAAGCUAGCAACGACGGAUAAACCAUGGCUUUCCCAUCUUGGGUGCUGUUUUUCCACCUGUUUUUCCACUGCAGAUUUAGUAGAAGAUGCCUCACUAGUAUUCGGCGCAUUGUACGAUUUCAGUGGCCUAAUAGGGAUUGGGUCAGAGAUGUUGAAUGGAGUGCAAGAAAGGCGUGGGAAGCACAUCAUCAAUAUAUCCUACCGAUGCCUGCUAGGAUCGUGUGUAUACCAUAUUUGGAGGGAGAGGAACCUGAGACGUUUUGAGCACGAGGAGAGCCCCCCGAGUGUAGUGGCCAACUUAAUAGUAGAAGAUGUUCGGCAACGUAUACUCAGUAUUAAGCUACCUAGCUCUAUUAGCAUAUGUGCCUUGUAUAGACUGUGGCGUAUCCCUUGGCCUGUCGAGGGAAGCGCCUAA